AUGUUCGCUCUUCUGCUCACUGUUGCUACUUCUCUCGCUUCUCUCGGGGGCGUCGCCGCGCACGGAUACGUUCAAGACGUAGUCGCUGGCAGCACUCACUACACCGGAUACUUGCCGUACUCGGACCCGUACUAUAACCCACCUCCGGAGCGCAUCAUCCGCAAGAUCCCGGGCAACGGCCCUGUACAGGAUGUCACGCUCAUUGAUCUACAGUGCAAUGGCGACACGGCCGACGGCGCUCCCGGCAGUGCUCCUGCUCCCAUCUAUGGGACCGUAGCUGCAGGCCAGUCCUUGUCUCUCAACUGGACGACUUGGCCUGAUUCUCACAUCGGACCUAUGAUCACCUACAUGGCUCGCGCCCCGAGCGACAUCACGACCUGGUCUCCUGGAACCGAUGCCGUUUGGUUCAAGGUAGCUGAGGCCGGCAAGACGUCUGACGGAAAAUGGGCUGCUACCGACAUACUUAGCGCAAACGAUUCAAUCUACACGUUCACUGUGCCCGCAACACUUAAGCCUGGUCAAUACAUCAUCCGCCACGAGAUCAUUGCGCUUCACGCUGCCUUCGUGUACCCGGGCGCUCAGUUCUACCCAUCUUGCAUCCAGGUAGAAGUCACCGGUUCUGGCACCGCCUUCCCGACAUCCUUCGUCUCCUUCCCGGGAGCCUACACUCCGGACACUCCUGGCAUCGUUUACGACGCCUACACGAACACGUCCGCGUACCCCAUUCCUGGCCCCGCUGUGUGGUCCGGAUGA